AUGGGUCUCCUCAACACCGUCGCUUUGUUCUCUUUCCUCACCAGUGCUGUCGUGGCAUUCCCCCAGCAGACUGCCGCAGCUGUUACAACUGCGCCUGCUUCGACAAUCACCAAGGCUGCGUCGCUCAGCUGCUCAGACGGCUCAACCGCUGUUUACACCGUUGAUUGCACAUUGGGAACUCCCACGUCGUACUGCAGCAAGCCCGAGCCCCCAAUUUCGUGCUCCUCAGGAUUCUUCCCAUCCGUCUAUCACCCAGGUCAUUGCAUUGAAGCCUCGACCUGUUUCCCGGUUACUGCGGAUUGGAUCACGACCGAGUGCUCAAACGGCGCCGUUCCUUACACUACCAAGACUUUGUACGAGGGUACCUUGGCAGGAGGAGAGUCGACCACCAUUAGUAUCGUGUCUUGCUCUUGCACCCAGGACUCGUAUUACAGCUACACUCUGCUUCCAGGCGCCUCGAAAGGUGACACAUUCUGCAUGCCCUCCAGCUCCUGCGCAGCUGGCAUGACAACCUCUACCUCAACCAAUGAGUACUGCGCAACGGCAUCUGCAACCGCCUGCCAGAACUUCCCCUUGGUGACCAGCGCCUGCAAGUGCGAGAACCCAACUGAGACAGCGGUUUACCCCGACAUCGUUGGUGCCCGGCCCACCGGUUGUUCGGCUUGA